AUUAUUUUAUUGGAAAAAAAUUCCGUUGCUGUAAACCACUAGUUCAAGGAGGAAAAUAUAUAUACAUAUAUAUAUGAAAAUAUUUACAUAAACGUCCGAGUGCAUUAUCUUUGUAUAUCUUUGUGGAAAUGGCUAAGAACAUUGAUCAUGAACUUUACAAGAAUUUCAAAGAUAUGUAUGAAGGAUUAAUGAAGGGCGACAUGGAGAAAGUGCUCAAACAAUAUGAUAAGUUACCGGUUCCUUUACCGGAUUACUUAACUGUAUUUGGUGACACACUUCUUCACAUCGCCAUUUUCAUGGACCGUGAAGACAUUGCAAGAGAAAUCCUCAAAAGGUAUGUCAACGAUCAUCUCUAUGAUCUAAUUCACCAGAAGAACAACCUCGGAAACACGGUUCUUCACGAGGUGGCUACCACGAAUAUGGUGACCCUCGCCAGGGACUUAUUGGAUUAUGCGCCGAAGCUGCUGUCUUCCAGAAACAACUUCGGCGAAACGCCUCUCUUUAAAGCUGCAUACAAUGGCCAACAUGAUAUGUUCGAUAUCCUGUCUCUUGCGGUGGAUCUCACAGACAAAGACAAUCUCGAUCAACACCUCACUAGCAAAGACAGGACUAAUAUUCUUCAUUUGACAAUUCUUGCUGAGUUUUUUGAUCUUGCCUUCAUAAUAGCAAACAAAUAUCCACGUUUAGUUGAUAAAAGAAAUGAUGCUGGGAAAAUAGGCCUUCAGCUCUUAUCAAACAACCCUUCUGCCUUCCUCAGCUCAAGGAAUUAUGGAUUAGUGAAGAGAUUGAUUUUUAAAUAUUGUGUUCCAACGUCCAUUGAGCACGAGAAGAAACGGCAUAAAUUAGAUGAUCUUAAACAUCCUUAUGAACUCAACCCAUUUGAUGAUGAGGAUCAGGAUAAUAAUAUUCACAAACCUAAGGUUCCCAAGAUGCCUCGAACAUAUACUCGUUGCAUGUCCAUGGUUGCCUCAGUUUUAACACAGAUAAAUAGAUCAAUAUGGACAUUUCUACGAGGAUGGCCAACUAUGGAAAGAAUCUAUAAUGAACAUAGAAAGCAUGAAUCGGCUAUUAUACUAGCCAAGUUGCUAAUAAAAAAAGAUACUACGUGGGAGAUUACUCGUUCCGAUGAAGAAGGGGGCGACAUCUCCCUUGGUUCCGAAGGGAAAAGGAGCAAAGGAGAAAUGGCGAAAGAAACAAAACCUCCUAUAUUCGAGCUUUUACCAAGUCAUCCUACCGCACUACUUACCGCGACAAGCAAUGGAAUAGUAGAAAUUGUCAAGGAAAUAUUAAGAGUAUAUCCUCAAGCGGUGGAGCAUGUAAGCGAUGCGGGGCAGAACAUAUUGCAUGUAGCCGUCAAACACCGUCAAUUGGAGAUCUUUAAUCACAUAAGAAAGAUGGAAUUGCCAAUGUCUAGGUUGGUUCGAAGGAUCGACGACAAUGGCUACACAAUCUUGCACCAUGUUGGAGUCAUGAAGUUUUACAGAGGAGGGACCCUCCCUGGUCCUGCACUCCAAUUGCAAGAGGAGUUGCAUUGGUUCGAGCGUGUGAAGCAUAUUGUACCGCCUCAUUAUGAAAAGCACCGUAGCCACAUCAAAAAGGAAUUAUUAUCCAAAAAAAAGGAGACCAGCAAUGAGGAUGAAGGUUACAUACGGGACACUGCCUAUGAGUUGUUCGGCAGAACCCAUAAAGACCUUCACAAGGAUGCAAGGGAGUGGCUAAAGAACACAGCCAAAUCAUGCUCCACCGUCGCCGUUCUUAUCGCCACCGUUGCCUUUGCCGCCGCUUACACCGUUCCAGGGGGUUCGGAUUCCAAGACAGGGGCUCCAAUCCUGCUGCACGACCCUUUCUUCUUGGUGUUUACAGUAAUGGACGUGCUCUCCCUCGCCACCUCCUUGACUUCUGUGGUGAUGUUCCUUUCUAUUCUCACUUCCCCCUUGGAGCUCGAAGAUUUCAAAGAGUCACUCCCUCGGAAACUCACGUUUGGCUUCACCUUCCUCUUCAUCUCCGUGGCCAUGACCAUGCUUGCAUUUGCAGCUACCAUCGUGCUCAUUGUUCAUUUGAAGAAGCGUUGGGUUACAACUCUCGUUUAUUGUCUUGCAUUCCUUCCGGUCACUGUCUUUGCUCUCUUGCAAUACCCUCUCUACCUUGCUUUCAUGGAUACCAUGACUUACUCUUUGAACGUGAUCAAGCUUUCUCUACCGCCUCUUCCUUGGUCUUCCAAAAAGUCCGUUUACAAGUUGGAUUGAUGUUUUGCUCAUCAAUUAUUGAGCCUUUUAUAGGCAAUGCUUUUUAAUUUUGUCAAACAUUGAGCAUACGACAAUUUCUCUCUCUGUCUCUCUCUCUCUCUCUCUCUCUCUCUUGUGUAUGUGUGGAGGAAAAAAAAAAAAAAAAGAGUAAAGCUUGUAAAAAUAAUAAUAAUAAAGUAAAGCUUCAUGAGUUAAUGGUAACAUCUGAUAUUGAAAUUUAAAAAAUAAAAUAAUAAGAAUUGGUACCAGUGAUAUUGUGCACGCUGUGUGCUGCAAUGUAUAAG